AAAAAAAAAUGUCAAGCUGUCAUGUCAAGAUCUAUGAGUCGAAUGAAUAUUAACUUGAAUGAAUUAAAAUAGAGAAUGCUCUUUGGAAAUGUGUUAUUAUAAUCCUGAUAUGUGCAUUUAAUAAAAAGUUUUUUAGUGUUAAGUGUACUUCAUGAAUGUAUCUGAUAGUUAAAGUAUAAACGAGUGGCAUACAUGGCUCAACGCUUUCCUGCAAGCGGGCCAAGCGCCGCGCCUCCUCCAGGCCCAAUGCAGCCUCAGCAGCGGUACCCUGGCCCUGCACAACCUCCUGGAUCACCAAUGCCACCAAGACCUUACCCAGGACCCAAUUUCCCUGCUCGCAGCGGGUUCACACCACCUCCCGGGGGCGCGGGGGGCGCACCGCCUGCUGGGGGCGCGCGGCCGGGGGCGCGGCCUACGGGGGCGGGCCGGCGCCCGCGCCGCUGCGACCCGCGCCAGCGCCCGCUCCGCCGGCGCCCGCCAAGCGGCCGGGCGACGCGCGCGGCCCGGCGCCGCACAAGGCGGGGCUGUACGGGGCGGACGGGUACGCGGCGGGGUGCGGCCGGACCGCAGGCCCCGAAGCGCAAGAAGCGGUUGGCCGACAAGAUCCUGCCGCAGAAGGUGCGCGAUCUGGUGCCGGAGUCGCAGGCCUACAUGGACCUGCUCGCCUUCGAACGUAAACUAGAUGCCACAAUUAUGCGGAAACGACUCGACAUCCAAGAAGCCCUCAAACGUCCCAUGAAACAGAAACGAAAACUCCGUAUAUUCAUAUCCAACACUUUCUACCCAGGUCAGGGUGACACCGCUGUGCCAUCUUGGGAGCUCCGUGUCGAGGGCCGUCUGCUGGACGAUACUAAAAACGAUCCUAACAAAGUGAAGCGCAAGUUCUCAUCGUUCUUCAAGUCGCUGGUGAUCGAGCUGGACAAGGAGCUGUACGGGCCCGACAACCACCUCGUGGAGUGGCACCGCACGCUGACGACGCAGGAGACGGACGGCUUCCAGGUGAAGCGGCCCGGAUACAAGAACGUGCGCUGCACCAUCCUGCUGCUGCUGGACUACCAGCCGCUGCAGUUCAAGCUGGACCAGCGCCUGGCGCGCCUGCUGGGCGUCCACACGCAGACCAGGCCCGUCAUCGUCAACGCGCUCUGGCAGUACGUCAAGACGCAUCGUCUGCAGGACGUGCACGAGCGCGAGUACGUCGCCUGCGACAAGUACCUCGAGCAGAUCUUCGGCGCCGCGCGCAUGAAGCUGGCCGAGGUGCCGGGCCGCCUGGGGGCCCUCCUGCACCCGCCCGACCCCAUCGUCAUCAACCACGUCAUCGCCGUCGAGCCGCCGCACGACACCAAGCAGACUGCCUGCUACGACAUCGACGUCGAGGUGGAUGACACUCUGAAGACUCAGAUGAACAACUUCUUGUUGAGCACUGCCAAUCAACAAGAGAUCCAGGGCCUGGACUCCAAGAUCCAUGAGACUGUGGACACUAUCAAUCAGUUGAAGACAAAUCGUGAAUUCUUCUUGAGCUUCAGUAUGGAUCCGCAGCAGUUCAUCCAGAAGUGGCUAGUUUCGCAGUCGCGUGACCUCAAGCGCGACUGUGCUGGUGAGCUAAGCUUAAGCUUUGUGAUCGGUCACUAUUGUUCUUUCGGCAUGACACAGGGUGCGACUACAAAAUCUGGUCGUCAGCGUCAGUCAAGCAUGGGCAGCGCGGGCGCGGGCGCGGCCGAGGAGGAGCGGCUGGGCGCGUACUACCGGCAGGCGUGGGCGCGCGAGGCCGUGGCGCGCUACCUGACGGCGCGCCUGGCGCAGCGCCGCCGCGACCUCGACCUGGCGCUGCACGCGCCGCACGCGCCGCACGCGCCGCACCUCGCGCGCCUCUAACCGCGCCGCUCUACGCUCUCCCUUGUAAUAAACUUUUAUUCCGGCACCCUCUGCGUUUCAUUUCUCCCUUUCAAAGCUGCGGACGACGAACGAGUGUAAAAAAGCCUUAAACCGGUGUGCGUCCUAUCAGUAAUGUAUGGAGCCGAGACGUGAACUCCCUGACAAUACGACCACGACCGGCCCAAAAGUUAAGCUAUGGAAAAUGCUAAGCUCGAACAGACUCUGAAGUAUCUGAAAGUUUGCACACACACACAUUUGUCGGAAUAGUGGAGAACCAAUGGUUAUCGGGGGUAAAGUACCUAAAUAUUAGGUUAUAGUACUUACCAUAGUAGACAGUAUUUAGGCACAGUCUAUACGGUCGUCCAACGAAGACGUCUAGACAGGGCAAUCGUGCGGGGUGUGAGGGGCGAGACGCGGGUAGACCGAUCCCGAGCUGCGAACAAAAUGAUGUUAGUAGCUCGGGAUAUAUUAUUCAGGGCUAACGCGUGUUUGUUUUACCGACUUCAAAAACAGGAGGAGGCACUAUGUUUGCCAUUGUUUCUUUUUGGUAUUCUGUCUGCUAUUGUUUCUUUUUUAUGUAGGUUUGCCGCUGCAGGAAAUUUUCAAUUUAUGGUCAUGGGUAUCGUUUUCGAGGGUGAUAAACCGAUGGUGCUGUCAAAAUGUAAAACCAAGAUGGUGGCUGCAUGAAAUAAAAAAAAAAAAUAAAACGUGGUAAAACUGUUGGCGCUGUCGAAAUGUAACUCUUUAACGAUGUACAGUAACUACCUUGUGUUUGGGUUUGUAUCAUUUGUAUUGAUUACAACUUUGCACCUAUGUGGAUUAUAAGUGGCAAAACGGGUAUAUGUAGCUUUACACUGAAAAUGAUAAAAUAAUAAAAUAAAAACUGCGUUUAAGAAACCGACUUCAAAAAAAUCCUAAAUCUAAUAACAAACAAAAA